ACGACUUCGCGUAACACGUGAAACCUUCCACGAGUCUGUACCUUGCUUGAUUCUUCUUUCGGGACCGAUCUGCAGGGAGUUAGAUCAGAGUACUGGUGAUUCAUAACGUGGGCACGGAGAGUACUUAGGUAGCGCUCGAUCACGUGACCGCCUGCACGAACACGUCACCCCCGAGAGAGCCUGACGAAGCAACGGAAUGACGUCACCGGUCUGCGUCAUUGUGGUUGGAGCGGGCAGCCGCGGGAAAACGUACUCGCAGUUCGCGCUCCUGCACCCCCAGCGCAUGCGGGUAGUUGGUGUGGCGGACCCGAACCCCUUCGCUCGUAAAAGUCUGCAGGCACAGCAUCGCGUAUCUGAUGACCACACGUUUGACGACUGGCACCGACUGGUAGAGCGGGAGAAGUUUGCAGAUGCGGUGUUUAUCUGCACUCCAGACCGGCUACACAAGGAGCCCGCAGUGGCCCUAGCAAAGCAAGGUUACCACAUCUUGUUGGAGAAGCCCAUGGCUGUGACUGUUGAAGAUUGCGCUGAGAUUGUAGCGGCUUGCCGUGAGAACUCUGUGAUGUUAACCGUGUGCCACGUUCUCAGAUAUGACCCCGAGAUACGCAAGAUAAAAGAGGUGAUUGACAGCGGAGUCCUUGGGGAUGUGAUCCACAUUCAGCACUUUGAACCGGUGGGCUUCUUCCACUUUGCCCACUCCUUUGUACGAGGGAACUGGCGCAAUGAGGCGGAGAGCUCCUUCGCCCUUCUGGCCAAGUGCUGCCACGACAUCGACCUCAUCCACCACUGGGCCGGUGGCCGCAGGUGUGUCAAGGUGUCGUCGUUCGGGGCUCUCAGCCACUUCACCAAAGAAAAUAAGCCUGCAGGUGCUGGAGAACGCUGCCUGGACUGUCCCGUGGAGGUCACCUGUCCAUAUUCUGCGUGCAAGAUAUACCUGGAAAGAGUCAAAAAGGGAUUUAUCGGCUGGCCCGCAUCGGUGCUGUGCUCCAGCUCUGUUACCGACAUUGAAUCGGUGACGGAGGCCUUGCGCACGGGACCGUACGGCCGCUGCGUCUACAACUGCGACAACGACGUCUGUUCCAACCAGGUCGUCAACAUGGAAUUUGAGGGGGGUCUCGCAGCCUCCUUCUCUAUGGUGGCCUUCACCGAGGAGAUCUGCCAACGCAGGACCACCAUCCACGGGAGCAAGGGUCAGGUAUGCUACGACCAGCACGGGGUACGAGUGUUUGAGUUCCUCACACAGAGGACCACAUGGCUUAAGGCGGACACCAGAGUAUCGGCAGGCUUCGGCGACGGGGGUCACGGUGUGGCAGAUUACCACCUUGUGGACUCCUUCAUCUCUGCCGUCGCAAAAGGGGACCCGUCCCUCAUCCGCUCUGGCCCCGAGGAGACUCUGCGGAGCCACAAGCUGGUGUUUGAGGCAGAGCGAGCGCGGCUGGAGAACCGAGUAGUCUUCUGUUCUCCCGAUUCCAAUUAGAGGGACAUGAGGCCCAGAAUACGGAAUUAAACUCGUUCCCUUGCGAAGGGUUCAGAAGCCUUCGAGGGGGGGUUAUAGAGUAGAGAAAUGUGGGCCCGUGAUUGGCCUAAGAAGAGAGAAAGUGACACAGUGAGCGCAGAGGGCACAUAUUCCGUCCAUUGCACUAAUCGAUGAA